AUGGCGUAUCACCGCAGCCAGCGCGUGUUCUAUCGCCCCACGCCCUCGGAUGCGCCCGCGCCCGCGGAGGUGACCGCGGUGAGGGAAGACGGCGCGUACGACAUCGCCGUCGACGGCGUCGCGAGGCCGACGACGUCCGCGAUACCGCGCGAGCACCUCGCGCCUCGGUUCGCGCUCGACGAGCGCGUGCUCUACGCCAAAGACGGCGCGCCCGCGGCGGAGGCGGCCGCGGUCGCGGCGCGCGCGCGAGAGGGCGGGAAGAAGACCGCGAAGCGAGCGCCGAAGCUGACGCUCGCGGAGGUGAUGAGCGUGGACGUCUCGGUGUGGCCGCCAAAGUACGCCAUUCGCGAAAAGCGCGACGACGCGACGCCGACGCCGACGCCGACGGAGCGAUUCACGGUCGCGGGCGGCGACAGGGUCGUGUCCGAGUCCAUCGCGCGGAUGAUCGCCGCGGACGAGGCGAUGAAGGCGCUGGUGCGCGCGGAGGAGGAGAGACGGCGCGUGGAGGAGUCGAGGAAGGAGAAGAAGCGAGAGGCGGAGACGAGGAAAAAAGUAAAAGCCGAGGAGGACGCGCGGCCGGCGUAUCCGGCGGGGGGGGACGGCGACUGCGCGCCGCCGACGCCCGCGGCGUCGGCGGAGCGACCGAAGCUCACGAAAACCCCGCCGCCGGGGUUCCCGACGAAGAUCAUCGCCGGGUCCUGGGCGGACGAAGAGAGCGCCGCGCGCGCCAAAGAGGACGACGACGCCGCGAAGCGCGCCGCCGCCGCCGCCGCGGAAAAGGCGGCGCAGCGAUCCAAGGCGCGCGCGGAGACGGAAGCGCUGAAAGCCGCGCGCGCGGCGGCGGAAAAGUCCGCGAAAGAUAAGGCGAAGCGAGAGGCGCAGAAGGCGCGGCGGGCGAUCGAGGCGGCCGAGCGCGCGGCGCGCGAGGCGGAAGAAGCGAGCGCGCGCGCGAUUCGCGAGGAGGAGGAGACGCGCGUCGAGGGGGCGGCGGCGAAGGCGAUCGCGGACGAGUAUGCUUCCGAAGUCAUACGGAACCAUACGAAGAUUGGCAAGUUGGCAAAACGGCAACGUGGCAGGGACCUCAGCCCGGAGAGUGUGGCCCUCGUGCGGAAGAUGCUCGACCCCGACCCGGAGACGCGCAACGCCGCGCACGCCGCGUUGCUGACGGCGCGGGGACGCGCCGCGCGAGCAACCGCGAGGACGUUCGCGCCGAAGUCCGAGGAAGCGGAGAGGAACGCGACGAUCUCCGCGGCGGGCGCGAAGGAGACAGCGCGGAGAGCGGCGAAGGACUCCGGAGACGCGGCGUCGCGCGCGGCGGCGGCGGCGGCGGCGGCGCGAGAGAAGGAGAAGGACGCCGCGGAGGCGACCGCGCGGGAGAAACGCGCCGCGGAGGCGGCCGCGCUCGCCGCGAAGUCGGACGCCGCGAAGAAGAAGUUGGAGGAGAAGGAGGCGAAGAAGGCGCGGCGUCGCGCGGAGAUCGACGCGCAGCUCGCGGCGUUCGGGGACGACGACGGCAGCCUCGCCGCGUUGAUCGGCGGCGCGGCGACUGGCCGCGACGACGACGGCGACGACGGCGUCGUCACCGCGACGGCGAAGAAGCGGCGGGGUCAGGGCGGCAGCGGCGCGAGGAAGCGGAAGACGGGCGCGGCGGGGAAGAGCGAGAAGGGGUCGACCGGCGUCGGCGGCGGAUCGGGAUCGGCCGUCGCCGUCGCCGGCGGCGCGGCGAAGCCGCCGAGGCUGACGUCGGCGCUGAGGUCGCUCGCGUCCGUCGUGAUGGCGUUCACCGCGCUCUUCGCGCUCGUUUUCGUCGCGUGGAUCGUCUACGUCGCGACGAUGGACGACGACGGCGUCGCGGAGGACGGGGGGAUGGGCAUGCCGAUUUGAUAGACGCGUAGACGUGUAAGAGCACGCCAGAGGCGGGGGCGACGAAAACGCGAGACGAGCAGA